GUAGCGGAGGCGGGUUGUACUUAGCGCGGGUGGACUGUUACUGCGGAUGUGUCGUCGUGUUGUUCAAACAUUAUAACAUUAGUCUGCAGUAUGGCUUCGUUUGUUACCGAGGUGCUCGCCAGCUCCGGGAAGCUGGAGAAAGAGGACCUAGCCAGCAAAAUAAGCAGGAUGUCCCGGAAGGUGGAAGAUACCAAGGAGGAAGUGUGCGACAUGAUAAACAAAAAGUACAGUGAAUUUCUCCCAAACCUUCAAGCAUCAGAGGACCUGAUGCAGCAGGUUGAUAUGGUCUCUAAAGAAAUGGAAACUCUUAAAACCUGCAUUGAAUUUGAGGUGCAGCAGAACAUCCAUGUGGCAGUGAAUGAAUACAUUAAGCUGAAGCAGCAGCUGGAGAAGAACACUAUGAUCAUAAAAAUGCUUGAACAUUUAAAAGAGUUUCACAGUGCGAUGGAAGACUUCAACAAAACACUACAGGAGAAAAAGUAUGUCGAUGCUGCCACCCAUCUGGAAAAAGCGUGGAAAAACGUGGAUUCACUGAAGGAUUGGAAAACAUCCCAGGUUCCUCUGCUUAGUUCCCUGAGCUCUGAGCUGACAGUGCAGAGGGAGAAUUUAAUUUACCACCUGGGAGACGAGUGGAAGCGCCUCAUCAUCUGGAGAGUACCGUCCACAAAGGAAUCUGCAGGUCCGAAGACCUUCCAUAAGGUAGAGCUGGUGCUGAGUGAAGCCUACAGUAAAGAUCUUGAGCAGAAGCCAACCCCUCUGCUGUGCUCUGUCCUGCAAGCUCUAGCGAUCCAGGGAGACCUUCAGAACAAGAUCAAACUCUUCAGUCAGGUUCUGUUGAAGAACAUGCUGAAGCCGCUGGUUAUGUAUGCAUCCCUUGAGCUUAUUGUAUCCGAGCAACAUGGUGAGGGAACCAUUUUGGGCCUGGAGUGUUUAGAGGAGGAGAACAAGGAGCGAUCCACUCCUUCUCAAGUCUACAAGAAACUACUGCUCUUGUUAAAGACCCUACACAUGCACCUGCUGGAUGUUUCCAUUGGAGAUAAAAAGCUCUCUGCUAUCCUUGGAGAGUUGGUUUGGGAGGAAACAUCAAAGUGCAUCAUCCAUGACUGUCUUGUGUACUCUAUACCCACCAACAGCAGCGAGCUUGAAAGAUACAACAUUGUGAUUAAAGAGACGGAAGCAUUCGAGGAGACUCUGAAGAAUAUGGAAUAUCUGCAGCUCAAUUCCACAGAUCUGUUCAAAUACGCCAGAGAUGUCAACUGCCACUUUGCCAGCAAGAAGUGCAGGGACGUCAUCGUAGCGGCGCGCAAGUUCAUGACCUCCAAGAUGCACAACACGGUUAAAAUCAGCCCUGAGUCGAAACUGCGGCUGCCCAAACUCCCUCCUCCCGGUUCAGAGGUGAAAGUGAAGCAGGAGGUGGUGAAGGAAGAGGUGUCGAUGGAGAACUCCAAGCAGUUGUCUGCCUGCAGUCUGCGCCUGCCAGUCUGUCGCAUCAGUGAGUCUGUGCAACAGCUGAUGGAGCUGGCUGUCAACACGCUGUGUGAAGCUGUAGGAAGCUCCACUCAGUGCGCCUUGCAGCUCUUCUUCACAGUGAGGAACAUUUUCCAGCUUUUCUAUGAUGUUGUGCCGACGUACCACAAGGAGAACCUACUCAAGUUUCCCCACCUUGCUGCUGUCCAGCACAACAACUGCAUGUACUUGGCACACCACCUGCUCACACUGGGGCACCAUUUUCGAGCCCACCUGCCACAGCCCCUCAGCGAGGGCGUUGCGACUUUUGUUGACAUGGUGCCUGGGUUCAGAAAACUGGGUGCUCAGUGCUUUUUGGCCCAGCUGAACGUCCAGAGAGCUGAACUCCUUGAGAGACUGUCCACGGCCCACAACUUCUGCAACCUGGACGAUGAGGACAACUACACUGCAGCUAGCAAAGCAGUAAGACAGGUGAUUCAUCAGCUGAAGCAGCUGGGAACUGUGUGGCAGGACGUGCUUCCUGUCAGCAUCUAUUGUAAAGCCAUGGGCAACCUGCUCAACACGGCCAUCACAGAAAUUAUUACUAAAAUCAUGAUGCUUGAGGACAUUUCCUCUGAGGAUGGAGAGCACCUCCAUACCCUAUGCCAGACCAUCAUUGAGGAAGGCCCGCUGGUUUUCAUUCCCCUGGCUGAGGAGAACAAAAAUAAGAAGUAUCAGGAGCAGGUGCCACUCUACGUGAAGAAGUGGAGCGCUUUCAAGGAGCUCGUCAUUGUGCUACGAGCCAACCUGCAAGAGAUCGUUGACAGAUGGACUGAUGGAAAGGGUCCACUGGCUGUAGAGUUCUCCAGUUCGGAGGUGAAGAGUCUGGUCCGAGCUCUCUUUCAGAACACUGAGAGGAGAGCUGUUGCUUUAGCCAAGAUCAAAUAGACUAAUGGAAAAACAACAAAAGCACCAAGCAGACUGUUUUGGACCUUUUUGCUGAGUGGUAAAUCUGACCUUACUUUUACUCAUUGUUUCAUGUAAAACCUUCACCUACAUGAAAGAUUAACAGAUCAUCCAUGAAGUGGUCAAUUUCUUGCAAAUGACAUGAAACUGAAUUCUUCUGUAAUGUAUUUAAAUAAACCCAAAUACUGUACUUCUUUUCAA